CUUUCCAUCUGAUAACUCGUUCCCAAUCCCCUCUUUUACGAACGAGAGAUUUGUAAACGACCUCCACAACUUCCAGUUUCUGUUGGUCACAUUACUGCUUUUUCGUUCACGUUUACAUAUGUAUCUGGGCCGUGUCAAUUGUUUGUGUUGGUGAUAAGACAAUCUUUGAGAAUCGAGCUUAUAGAUAUAUUGGCCGGGUCAGAUUUCCAGCGCGUGAAUGAAAGUACUGCUGUUAUGUAAAAAUAUGGACAUGUGACCACAAUCAUCUGGAAAUGGCGGACGAAGAAGUAGAAUUUGGAAAUGAAGAAGGUUCUUCCACUAAUGAGCAGUCCAGUCUGCUCUCUAAGGAAACAUCAAGUGUUGGAAAAGUCGUCUCAUCGCCUAUUCCCGGAUUUCCACCUUUUUUUCAAUUUGCAAAACUGCAAACGGAAGCAAGUGGUUGGAAUGCUGAUGUGACAAUGGCAACUGGGUUCACAAGGUGCAAUGAUGGAAUAACAGACACAGCCCCAUCCGUUGAUAACACAGGGGUCACUGACGAUAACGCAGUUGAUUCGUCACAGUCAGGUAGUGCUGCAGCUGAAUCGAUACCUGUCGAUGGACUUGACGUGAUCGAAAAUAUGGAAAAAUGCGAAAAUGUUCUCGAGCAGGAAGAUGGUGAAGGGAAACACGAGGGUCCAGACAAAGAAGAAGAGGAAGGCGCGAUAAAUGACGAGCCCGACGAAGAAGAGGCAGAAUCGGAUCCUUAUUUUUACACCAAGCGAGAUGAAUUUACCUCCGAGAUUUACAAGAUAGAACUUCAAAAUCUGCCUAAGAAAUGUGGUUACAAGCAAUUCAAGAAGAUGAUUGCUAACAGACUCAAUGUGAGGCCAGUUAAAGUAAAACUACCCCCAGGAGCAAAUCAUGCCUAUGUCACUUUCAGGAAUGAAGAGGAAAGGAGGUUGGCCAUCAGAUCAUUAUCAGGACACAAGUGGAAGGGCAAAGUGCUUUCUGCUAAGCCAGCCCAGCCACUUCCUGAUCCUCUAGCUCUGCAGAGAGCAGAAGGACUGGCAAGAAAGAGAAUGAUUCAGGAUGCAGCACGUUCAAAUGUAGAUGCCAAGAGAAUUAAAGUAGAGGAGGAUGAAGGGGAAGAGCUGGCCAUUUCUGUCAGGUUAAACCAUGUUGUGACACCACUGUGGGCUCAGCCAUACAGCAAGCAAAUGGAAACAAAGAGGAGUAACAUGCUGGAAAUUUUGGGGAAACUCACCAGAAAGUUGAAAGCCAUUAUGGUCCUGAAGAACAACUGGGUGGAGCAGGAAAGUGCUAAAAGAAAUGGAAUUUGUUGUGAGCUCCUGGACUGUGUUGAAUCACCUGUUCUUGAUGGGUAUCGAAAUAAGUGUGAGUUCACUAUAGCUGAAGGUCCUGAUGGAGCCAAAACAGUUGGAUUCCGCCUUGGAUCGUACAAAGAGGGUUACAGUGGAGUUGUAGAGCCAUCUGAAUGUAUUCAUAUCUCAGAUAAGGCCAAGGCCAUUGCUAAGGCUUUUCAGACCUAUGUGCGGCAGUCCCCCUUACCAGUAUAUGAUCUCUGUUUUCACACAGGAUAUUGGCAAACCUUGACAGUUCGCAGCACUAUGUAUGGUGAUACCAUGGCCGUUCUACAGUUCAGUCCACAAAAAAUGACCAAGGAAGAAAUUGAGGCAGAAAAGGAACGAAUCGGUGAAUAUUUCAAAACAGGAGAAGGGAAAGAUGUGACACUUACAUCACUCUAUCUGCAAAUAAAUCACACAAGGGCUGUAGGAGGAAAUGCAGAGGCUCCUUUUGUUCAUAUCAUGGGAGAUGAGCAUAUUUAUGAAGAGCUUUGUGGACUGAAAUUCAGAAUAUCUCCUGAUUCAUUCUUUCAAGUGAACACCAAGGCAACUGAAAAGUUAUUUGACUUGCUGAAAGAGUGGUGUGGUGACCAUCUCGACGAAACAGUGGUACUUGACAUAUGUUGUGGCACUGGUGCGCUUGGUCUGUGCCUGGCUCAGAGCGUGAAGCGUGUGAUAGGUGUAGAGAUUAUUGAAAAUGCGGUGGAAGACGCCAAAGCUAACGCAGAUCUAAACGGAGUUUCAAAUGCUCAGUUUGUCUGCGGGAAAGCGGAAGACAUCAUCGUUGACGUGUUCAAGAACAUGCCGCGAAAAACCAAAAUCAUUGGCAUCAUGGACCCACCACGAGCUGGACUACACCAGUCAGUUAUACACGCAAUCAGGAAGAGUCGCAGGAUGGACAAACUGAUUUACGUGUCCUGUAACCCAAGUGCUGCUUUUGUGAACUUUCUUGAUCUAUGUAGACCAACCUCAAAGAGAAUCAAAACAGCGCCAUUUCGCCUGGUGAAGGCCGUACCCGUGGAUCUUUUCCCUCACACUAAACACUGUGAAUUACUGCUGCUGUUUGAGAGAGACAUGACCUCUGUGGAUGCAGCCAAGUUCUACAAGUGGUACUAUUAAACUGGUCAACAGGGCAUACUUCUACUGGUAGAUCAGGAAAUUGUUAUUAUAACGAAUUUAAGUUACACAUUUUGACUUUGAAUAAUUGGUUUUCUUCUUUUGGUUAACAUCAGUGAGGAACCCAGAAAAAAGUAUAAUAAGUUUAAAUCAUCCUACGUUGUGUUGUGCUUUCUGCUUGCCUGAAUAUACAUUUUAUUUCUUUGCAAGGACGACAUUUUUUAGUUGUGCUGAGUUGUAAGUGAAUUUGUCCAACAUGAGGUAAAAGUUAAAGAUCAAAGUUAAAUUUGAUAACUUCAGUAAUUUGAUAUGUUACAAAGAUAUUACACAGCUGUGCGUGGAUACGAAUCUUAUCUUCGAAGAUAAAUUUCUUAUUCACAAGUUGACAUUUUAGUUUUCUUUUCAUAGAUACUGAUCGCAUGUUUAAAUUAAAAUCAAUUUUAAGAGCACUGAAUGCAUAAAUCACCUGGACGUAAACUCAGCUCGUAAGAAAGUUACUUUAGCUUUUCGACAUAAAAUGUAAUUCGCUGAACUAAAAGUUGAAUUCAGCUUCUUCAAUUUUGACACAAGAAGCAUAAUCCACAGAAAACAGAUUACCUGGUUGAAUCCGACGAAGAGAUCAACUAUUACUUUAAAAGAGAAAGAAAAUUUGAUAUUGAACUGCCUUCUGUUGUCUUAGCAAGCUGAAAAACUCAAUUCAUGUAGAGUGCAAGAAAUGCCAAUGUUUUUAGAGGUUUAUUUAAUAUAAAAUAAUCUUUGGAUUGCAGUAUUUAAUGUAGUUAUACACGUAAAUUAUUAUGUUAGUCAGAGCGACAGAAUCUUGCAUCUGCCGCUCUUAAGAGUAAGCAAGUACACCGUAUACAACAGAAAUAUAUUCUUAAUAAACUCUUGUUGUGAUCUCUGAGAA